AUGGCCGACCCAUCAUCCGCACCCAAGCCCAGCAGCAGCGUCAAGCUCGUCCUGCUCGGGGAAGCAGCCGUUGGAAAGUCUUCUUUAGUCCUACGAUUUGUCAACAAUGAUUUCCAAGAGAACAAAGAGCCAACGAUUGGUGCCGCUUUCCUGACGCAAAAGAUCUCUUUGCCCAACCGAAUCAUCAAAUUCGAGAUAUGGGAUACCGCGGGUCAAGAGCGCUUCGCCUCUCUGGCGCCCAUGUACUACCGAAAUGCACAAGCUGCGCUCGUUGUCUACGAUCUGACCAAGCCUACGUCUCUCACCAAGGCUAAACAUUGGGUGGCAGAACUACAAAGGCAAGCUUCGCCAGGUAUCGUGAUUGCGUUGGUCGGUAACAAACUGGACCUCUGCGCGGAGUCGUCCGGUGACUCUGAAGCUUCUCCAGAAGAUGGCGAAGAAACUGAGUCCAACACGGAAGCUGAGCCUACUGACAAUGGAGACGCACGCAAAAUCUCGACGAGAGAAGCCAAAUCAUAUGCCGAAGAAGAAAGCUUGUUGUUCUUUGAGACAUCGGCAAAGACAGGCAUAAACGUGGCUGAAGUAUUCUCAGCAAUUGCAAAUGCUAUCCCAGAGACGUCGCUGAAAGGGGCGAGAGGAGCCAGUGGUGGUGGUACCCAAGCCGCGUUGUCCGGCGCCGCAAACCGAGCAGAUGAGGCGAGGGUCAAUUUGGCGGAUCGCGCAAAGCAGAAGAGCAAUGACUGUGCUUGUUGA